AUGUUUAACAACUGUGGGCAUCGGUGUCGGUCAGCCUGUGCAUGCUGCUGUAAGGAAAAUGCCAGCAGGACAGAGACGCAGUACAUCUACGAUCCAGUGAGUGUAAUAGAGAAGGCUGCAACCUACGGUGCAGUACAACCAAUUAUUGAGAAUGGGGAUUCAUUGAGAGGCACCAACAUUGACAGUAUAUCCAGCAGUAUAGGCACCAUAAGAAAUGUCUCCAUUCAAAUUACCAAUUUCACAGACAGGUACACCUUAUCAAACCCAAGGACCUACAGUAGCAGUGGAUAUUGUCUUAAUCCUCCUCAGCCUACAGUAGCAAAAAAGACCAGUGAAACCUGCACCUUUACCAAAACACGCUCAACAGCACAUGGUUGUGCUGGAGUCCUGGCAUACAAGAUCCUUAAAGAUGAAGUGCACUUUGUCGGGGAACUUGUCAUAAUGUUUUCUGUGCCUUUUGACUACAAUUUCUAUGAAAACUAUUUAGCUCUUGGAAUUUAUGAAAACCAUGUUUCAUGUAAUUCUGAUCUGUUUUUUGAAAUGUAUUACGAGAAAGGUCCAUUCACCAGGGAAAGGGCUACAGGAAGUAAAGUCAUGUAUUCUGUGCAAGGAAUUAGUGUGAAGGGAACAAUGUCUCCUGCAGGCAAGGCAAUAAUGAAAGUUGAUUUUCAAGAUUUUUAAAUACCAAAACUAGACAGACAUGAGCAAAACACUACAGAUUCAACAUCAGGGGGCCAGUGAAGGAUGAUUGAAUAUGUCUAUAAACUAAUACUAAACUCUAUAACAGUAAUUUCUCUGUUGCAAUGUUGAAUAUUUCCUCUCAGUCUAUUUAUUUCUAUCUUACUGUACAUUAACACUCUCAUUAAUCUCUCAGUGCAAUACAUUUGCCUUUUGUCAAAAUGUGCUGAUAAAAUGCUAAACAAAGCAGAUUCCAGAUCAGGGGAUCAGUCAAAGACGACAGAAUUGUAAUAUGGUGAUUAUGAAUAACAACUGACAAUAUG